AACCCACAGGCCACAAGUGUCUUUCUUUUCUUUAAUCAUAUUGUCUGGUUAAUUAAUCUAUUUUAUAUAGGAUCAUUCGUUACAUUUCAAGCUCAACUCAGCUGUACUACAACUCCCCCAUCACCGACUCUCUCCCUCUCUCUCAAUUCCCCUUUGCAAGGGAGGAGUUGUCAAACUAGAAGCACGAUCUUUGUGAAAGACAUGGCAUCCUCCAUGUUUUUCACAAUAAGUUGUGCAGUAUUACUCUUGUGCUCUUCUUUGGCAUUUGCCCAAAAAGCUAGUCCUCCCGCACCUACCCCAACUCCAGCACCAGCACCUGCACCGGCCUAUGUGAAUCUCACCGAUUUGCUCUCUGUGGCUGGUCCAUUUCAAACCUUCCUUGGCUACCUUGAGUCAACCAAGGUCCUUGACACCUUCCAAAACCAAGCAAACAAUACUGAGGAAGGCAUCACAAUCUUUGUACCAAAAGAUGGUGCUUUCUCAUCACUUAAGAAGCCUUCCCUGUCCAAUCUCACUCAAGACCAGCUCAAGUCUCUCAUCCUUUUCCAUGCCUUGCCACAUUACUACUCUCUAGCCGAGUUCAAGAACCUUAGCCAAAUAGACCCCAUUAGCACAUUCGCCGGUGGAAAAUACACAUUGAAUUUCACUGAUGUUUCUGGGACAGUGCUCCUUGAUUCGGGAUGGACCAGAACGAAAGUCAGCAGUAGCGUGCAUUCCACCGACCCUGUAGCUGUGUACCAAGUCGACAAGGUACUUCUUCCGGAGGCGAUUUUUGGCACUGACAUACCUCCCAUGCCAGCUCCAGCACCAGCACCUGAAACUAGCCCUCCUGCUGAUACUCCAUCUUCUGAAGCUGAUAAAGGAUCAUCUUCAGCAACUUCAGCACCCAGUUCUUCUAAUAAAAUCGUCAACUUGGGUAUAUGGACUCAGCUGGUUCUGGCAAUUUCAGGUGGAUUGGUAUUGUUGCUGUAAAAGAGAUAUUUAUUGAGUCUUAAAUUCAUUUUGAAAGGGCAUUACCCAGAUUGUCAAUUUUCUUUGAAGUUAAUUAAUUGAGCCCAUUUUUUAAUUGCAUAUGUAUGAGAUUCUGUUCUAUUUAUAUGAUCCAUUUUGCUAGCA